AUGGAGGCGUUUUCGGAAGGGAAUGAAUUAUCCGAAAGUGAUUUUAGUAUAUCUGAGUCAGUUAAAUCCUAUCCAACUUUUGUUUCUAUGGGAUUAAAGGAUAAUCUUUUAAAGGGAAUUUAUGCUUACGGAUUUGAAAAGCCAUCACUUAUCCAACAAAAAACUAUCAAACAAAUAAUCGAUGGAAGAGAUGUGAUUGCACAAGCUCAAAGUGGAACUGGAAAGACAGCAACAUUUAGCAUAGGAACUUUACAAAAUGUUCAGCCUGAGGUUUGUCAAAUUCAAGUUCUAAUUUUGGCGCCUACACGUGAAUUAGCUGUUCAAAUACAUCAUGUUGUAUCAUCGUUGUCUGAUUACCUAUCUGUCAGAUGUAUAGCAUGUUGUGGUGGACGAAACAAUACAAUGCAGAUGGCUCGUGAACUUGAUAAAGGUGUUCAUAUUGUAGUUGGAACACCAGGUCGAGUGUUAGAGCUUGUUCGACAGGGUAAUCUACGCGUACACAAACUGCGUUCUUUAGUUUUGGAUGAGGCUGAUGAAAUGUUGAACAGAGGUCUGCGUGACCAGUUAGAAGAAAUAUAUCGUCGUCUUCCAUCUCAUAUUGGCUUGGACAAUAGGAAAUCUCUUGACUGUCAGGUGGUGAUAGUUUCAGCCACUAUGCCUAAAGAACAUUUGGAGCUGUUUCAAAAUUUCACAUCCAAUCCUGUUCGAAUUCUUGUACCAAGAGAUGAGUUAAGCCUUUCUGGUCUUCAGCAAUUCUAUAUUGAUGUUGGCUCAGAAGAAUGGAAAUUUGAGGCGUUAAGUGACCUAUUCUCUAGUGUUUGUGUUUCACAGACUGUUGUUUUUGUAAAUACACGACGAAAAGUUGACUGGCUUGCUAGCCAGCUGAAUCGAGAAGGUUUCACAGUCGCCUGUGCUCAUGGUGAUCUUGAUCAAGUUCAACGAGAAUCAGUUAUGAAACAGUUUCGUUCAGGAGAAUGUCGUAUUCUCAUCAGCAGUGAUAUGUGGGCUCGAGGUAUUGACGUGCAAACAGUAGGGCUAGUUGUAAAUUUCGACUUGCCAAUAAACACCAGUGAAUAUCUGCAUCGUAUCGGUCGUUCUGGUCGUUUUGGACGUACUGGACUAGCUGUUAGUUUCAUCGCCGGUGGAGAAGAUCGUAAACAACUAUUAGAAAUUUGUAAUUAUUAUCAAAUCGCCAUCCCACCAGCACCGGCACGUUUGGAUAAAAUCGUUGGACCAGGCGAAAAGUUCCCUUCACCAUCAUCAUCAAAUCGCCAGCACUAUGAUCUGCGAGGAGGCGAAGAAAAAGAAGAAAAGAACAAAGAAGAGGAAGAAGAAAAAGAAGAAGGGGGAAAAGAAUCUCUUAAACAUUGUCAAAUGAACUACUAUAUUGUAUUUAUUCCCGCUUUAUUGUAUAGAUUAUUCUUCAUGUAUCUCCCUUUUUAUCUGUAA